AUGUGUGAAGAGGCAGCCAUAGACUUAAUCAAUGUUGAUGAAUGCGGUGUUGACUUGUUGAGCAAUGGUGAUCAUGCUGAAGCAAGUAUUUACAAACUUACUGUUGAUGAAAUUGUCACAGGUAUGCUUAACUAAACCAAGCUCAAAUAUUGAGGCUGAAGUCAAAUUUCUUGAGUCACAAUUUCUUUUCCUCAAUCGGGCGACCAACUUUCCUUUUUGCGGCGUUUAGUAUGGCCUUACAAAACUUGUUUGUGACGGGAUUGGGGUUAUCGUCUGGUAAGAGUGUAUGGAACCAUUUUAUUGCUGCACUAGCUAUGUUCAAUGAGGAGAUGGAAGUACAGGCUUGGGAGAUCUCAUGUAUAUACAGUGUGAUUGUAGCAGGAUGAAAAGGCAAACUCAACAAAAUAUUCUUUUCACUGCACCAUUGAAAAAACUUUCGAAUUGUACGCACAUAUGUUCUGGUCGUUGAAUCCACUCUGGAUUUCAAGGCCACUUGGAGCAAGACUUUCAUGUUUUGUUUCACCACAUCAGGCGCCUCCAUUUACACGCAACAUCUAUAAAGUAAGCAUAAGAACUUCAUAUCAGACCAACUCAGCUUCAUCAUAGAGUCCACAUAACAUAAACAACACAGCAUAUUUUAGGGCCAGUGCCCCUUAUGUUCACCAGAUGGCAAGUGCCUUUCAACAUUCUUGUAUAAACUGACAGGCCCUCUUGUUGCUGGCCAGUGCCGACCAAUGUUAUGAGUUAACACUACUUGCCGCAUAUUCCUUGCGCUUCAACUCAAGUACCUCAGGUAAUUUUGUCGCAAAAUCAAACCGGAUAGCAAUAAUAUCACCGUGAAAUCGUUUUGACCCAAGUAAAGAAUUACUCUUUCUACCGUGUUUUAAGAAAUACUGUCCGUUCAAAGUUGUAUAGUCUGAAACAAAAUAUCUAUAUUUGCAUGCUAUCAAAGGCCAAUAAUUGGCGGAUGGCCAAAAAGGUAUUACUAUCAUGACUUUAGCCUGUUGGGAUUUAAAAUAAUGCAAUCCUUUGGAUACAAUAGAAACUGGUGGAACAGCCAAACAAUUCUCAUUCUGUAAUUUUUGAAUGAAAAAAUCCACACCGGAUGUACCUGGGUUCCAAAAUCACGAAAAAUACCUUGUUAUUGUGCAAUUAUAAUGAUUUGCAAAGCAAUCAACUGUAUGUGGCCUCCAUUGGGCUUCUAACUGCAUGUUUAAACAAAGCGUCUGUAAUUUGCCAAUCAUCUGGAUCAAUUAAACGAUUUAUAAAAUCAGCUGGCACAUUUGUGUUGUGCGGUAUCCAUUGAAUAUCAAUAUCAAUAUGCUGAUAGUUUGAUCAAUGCAAAGAUACUGAUAGCAAUCUUUUGUAAUUCCAAUUUCAUACUACCUACAUCUACUAUUGUUGGAACUGCUUGAUUAUCUGUAUACCACUUAACAUGGGUCCACCGAAGUAUGUCGGCAAAUGAUCUUAAUGCAAACUCAAUUGCUGCUAACUCUCUCCAAGUGGAACUUUUGCAACAUUCAUUUACAUCCCAUAUUUUAUGGUGAUUUAGAGUGAUGACCGAGCCACAUCCUCUUUCGCUUACAUCAGAAUAAACAAAACAAUUCAGUUCACAGUGGAGAAAACAAUUCUGUCCAUUAAGUUUUACAAUAUUCUCUUUCCAUAACAAUAGUUCAUGUUUACUAAAUUCGUCUAAUUGUAAUAUUCUAUCCCAACUUAGAGCACUAACAACAGACAUGGGAACAAUGCCAUGUUAUAAUACGAGCAAUAUUACCUAUGACAGCCCCUGUAGAAAUUAUUUGCCCUGUAAACGUGCAGCCUAUUUUCUCAAUGUUUCUGCUUACAAUAUUGAUACUGCGAUUUGCAGUUGAGCUUAGAGACAGGAAGUUUUACCGUACAGUUUGAUCGUUGAAAUGCACAAGUUACCAAGGGCAAAUUCAAAUGUUGUCAAGCGGAAAUGCGAAUGUUGCCAUGGGAGAUUUAGGCAAUUUUGGCCAAUCACAGUGAAGAAGGCGUUACCCCAAAUCAAGCGCAUAAGUUCAAACAUAGUACUAUAAUAAAGAAAUCUGUUCAACAACGCUUUAUUAUAUAUUUGUUUCUUGUAUAAAACAUGUAGAUUAUGAGUAUAUUAUGUGGUAAUAAAGCAUGGAAAAUGUAAGUAAAAGGAAAAGAACAUGUUAGAGGCAAACCGCUCGGAAAUGACCUAAGAUCUUUGAUUAUUGAUGAAGUUAUACAUUCUGGAGGGAAUAUAAUAACUCAAGAAUACCCUGGGAAUUUUUCUGCAAUAGCUAAACAGUUCUCUGUUCAUGACUCGACUGUAAAAAAUAUUUGGAGCAAUUACUGCGAGAACAAAACACUUGAUCCAAAAAAGAAAAAGGGCGGAAAUCCAAGCAAAUUACAUGAUGGUGAUUUGGAACUUAUCGAAACGUUAACAAGGAUUCGUCCAACUAUCAGUCUAAACAAACUAAAAGAUGACGUAGAAUUGUAUGAUCCAAAGCCUGAUGGAGUAUCCAUUUCAGCUAUUUCCAGGGCGUUAAAACAAAGAAUGCCUUCUGGUUUGCAGUAUUCACGAAAGAAAGUAAACAAAGUUGCUAUCGAACGAUUUACCCCAGUUAAUAUGGUCUAUACGCAGAUGUUUAUAAACUACCUGCAUUCUAAGGACCCACUCAAGUUGAAAUUUUUUGAUGAAGCAGGAUUGAAAUUGCCACAUCACGGGACAAGAUAUUACGGACAUGCUCCGGUAGGCGAGAGAUGUAUUGAACUGGCACGUUAUCAUCAAACUCCUAAUAUAACACUGAACCUUCUCGCAGGUUUAGAGGGAGUUGUGUAUGCUAACACUGUUAAAGGUGCUGCUAGCACUGUGCAUCUGUUGCAGUUUUUCGGAGAGGCUGCACAAGCUGGAAAUGUAAUUACUCAAAGACCAGCGCUUGAAUAUGGGGAUAUUGUUGUGAUGGACAAUUGUCCAACCCAUCAUUACGAUGGCGAAGAAGUAUUAACUGAGUUUCUGAAUGAAAUAGGUAUAGAGCUUGUUUAUACCCCUACAUAUUCCCCCGAUUUUAAUCCCGCUGAGUUUGUAUUUGGAAAGAUCAGGACUGAAAUGCGGUAUGCUUUAUGGGAACUGACAAAUCGAAACUUGGUAUUAUCCGUUUAUGAAGCAAUUGACAAAGUUACGGAACAGGAUACGAUUGGAUUUUUCAGGGCGACGUCGUACAUUUAA